AUGGCGGAUCCUGAAAAGGCAAGUGAUAAUGGUGCAUGGCUGGACGAACAUUUUCCCUUGCACAAAGCUGUGUUUCAAAAUGACAUUUCUCGAAUUAAUGAAAUCCUAACUACGACUUGUCUUCCUAAAAUCAAUUUGGACCAAAUGGAUACUCACGGCAAUACAGCGCUUCACUUGGCAGCAAUGCUUGGAAAUAUAGAAGCUGCCAAACUACUGUUAGAACAUGGAGCGAAUGUCGGAUUGAAAAAUAACGAUGGCUGGAAGAGUUUACAUGAAGCAAUUAGUUAUGGGGAUCGAAAAAUGAUUGGGUUAUUGUUGUCUUCACAUAAGAAGCAGUCUCAUCGUUCAUUGACCUCAAAAUUGCCUGAAAUUCAAAAUCAUCUUGAAUCCUUGAACGAUUUCUAUAUGGAAAUUCGUUGGGAGUUUCAAACUUGGAUUCCUCUUCUUUCGAGAGUGAUGCCUUCUGAUACAUUUAAAGUCUACAAACGAGGUUCUAAGCUCCGUGUAGAUUUUACUCUAACAGACUUCAAUGAAAGCAUAAUUAGUUGGACCCGAGGUGAUAUGUCUUUGCUUUUUGAUCCAGGUGCACCAAAGAGUUACCAGACUCUUUUGCUCAAUAACAGGGAUGAGGUAUAUCAAAGGGUCCGAGAUAAGAAUCGUCACCUCAAUGAUGAAAUUGAUCUCCUAAUGGGCUGUGAUAUCAUAAGUAGUCACAUAAGUACUCGACCUAUUCGUUUUGUUCGUGCAAAAGGCUGGUUCAUGAACGACAAAUCGUAUAAUAUUGGAGAAUACAAAGCUGAUCUGUUCAACAUUAAGGAAUUGCGGGAGCAUCUUUCUCAAGAAGAUCUACGCAAGAACCGAGAGUUGAAUAAGGCUUUCUCUAGUGGCAAACUUCCUCCUGAUGAUGGUAGCAGUGAUGAUGAUGAUAAAGACCGUCACCGUGCAAGUUUGUCCCCUCCCCCAAAACCAGAGUUUACUUGGGCUGAAUAUCUCCGUUUGCCUGAUGGGCCGGACUCGCAUUUGGGAAGGCCGAAGGAAGAGAAGACUACAAAUACUGAAAUUAAAGGAAUGCUGGCGUUGUGUCAGGACUUUCCACUCACAACCGAUCAACUGUUGGACAUUCUUGAAGUUCUAGAGCCUGUGAAAACAACAGUGAAAAAAUUCCGUGCCUUUUGCAGUUCUGGACGGUUGCCAUCAGGCUUUCCUAUUCAAUUAGGUGUGUUUUUUAAAGUCUUACUUAAAGUUUAA